CGAAUGCUGGGUAGACCACGCAGUAUCGCGAGCAACCAUUGGUUCCGGCUUGUCCACCAGUGUUGGGAUUAACGUGGACCGGAGAAGAUGCUGCGUCGACAGGCCCGGAUGCGGAGGGAGUACCUGUACCGGAAGGCGCAGGAGGACAAGCUGCACCGAAUAGAGGAGAAAAAGCUGAAACUGCAGAGCGCCCUGGACGAGAAUAAGCUGAUCCCCACUGAACUGCGACGGGAGGCGUUGGAGCUGCAGAAGACAUUGGAGUACGACGACGAAGGAGGCGAGGGAGUGAGCAGUCAGGUGGACGAUGAGUACAGGUGGGCUGGAGUGGAGGACCCCAAAGUCAUGAUCACCACCUCCCGGGACCCCAGUUCCAAGCUCAAGCAGUUUGCCAAGGAGCUGAAGCUGAUCUUCCCCGGCAGCCAGCGGAUGAACCGAGGGAAGCACGACAUCGAGGCCCUGGUGACGGCGUGCAAGGCCAACGCGGUGACCGACCUGAUUGUCGUGCACGAGCACCGCGGCGUCCCAGAUGGCCUGGUGGUCUGCCACCUGCCCUUCGGCCCGACGGCAUACUUCGCUGUCUCCAACGUGGUGAUGCGGCACGACAUCCCCCGCCUCGGCACCAUGUCGGAGGCCCACCCCCACCUCAUCUUCCACAACCUGACAUCCCGGCUCGGACAGAGGGUGUCCAGCAUCCUGAAGUAUUUAUUCCCAGUCCCUAAAGACGACAGCAAGAGAGUGAUCACAUUUGCAAACCAAGACGACUACAUCUCCUUCAGGCACCACGUGUACAAAAAGGUGGAUCACAAGAAUGUGGAGCUGUCCGAAGUGGGGCCCAGGUUCGAAAUGAAACCGUACCAGAUCAAACUGGGGACCCUGGAGAACGAGCGAACCUCGGAGACGGAGUGGUGCUGGCACCCGUUCACGAACACGGCCAAGAAGAAGAGGUACCUGAGCGUCGAGUGAGGUGAGGCAGGCCAAUUUGGAGCGGUCAGCAUCUGUGGGGGAAGAGGCACGGCCGACGCUCCCGCCUGCUGCGUUGGCCACCACUGGACUUGACGGCCAAGGCUUCCUCCCAAAAAGUUCUUUCUAACUGAGAGAACUCUGCCAAUGUCCAAUAAACCAGGACCUGCACUGGUUGCUAAACCAGUUCCGUUUUUUGAUCUUGUUCACCAGCUCAAGUUGCUAUAAUUUCUACUGCGAUGUUCGAGUGGACUCCCAAGAUUUCGACUCAACAAUGAUGAAGAAACAUUGCAACUCAGCAACGAAGUAGAAAUAAUAGUGAAUUUCAAGAAGGUGGGAGGACAUCAAGCAGGGAUUCCUGACUCUCUGCCGCCAGUUUAAACUGGCUCACCCUCCUUCCCCUUCCUGAAGUCAGCGAUCUGCUCUUCAGUCUUACUGGUGUCGGUAUUGUAGGGGCACCACCCACUGGGUGACCUGUCUUGCUCCUGUACUCUAACUUGUCACUACCGGUGGUUGGUCCAACAACACUGAUGUCAUCGGUGAUUUGUAGAUGGCACUGGAGCUGUAUUUACCCGGCAGGGGUUCCCAGCCUGCCCUGCUUAAUGGUCCAUGGCAUAAAAAAGGUUGGGAACCCCUGGUUUAGCCCUACAGCUGUGUGCGUGUACAUACAAACCGGAGGGAGCAGAGUGGCGAAGACCAGCGAUACUGACUGUGCUCCACACAGAAUGCUGUCUGCUCCCUCUGGGCAUUCCCCCAUCAUCCACAGUAUCGCCGAUUUCUCUCUCUCCCCCCCCCCCCGGCUCCAUUCUAGCCCAGUAACGAUGAACCACACAAUCAGUGCCUGUAAAUCAGCCGCCUGGUGAACCAUUUCUUCGCGUGGACUCAGCAAAAACACGAGGCAGCACCAACUACUUCAGAGAUUCAAGGUACAUUAGCUAUCAAAAUACGUAUGCAGCGUACAACCCUGAGAUUCGUCUUCUGACAGCCACGAAACAAAAGAAAACCAUGGAACCCGUUCACAGAUAAAACUUCAAACCCCCAGCAUGCAAAAUGAAAAGAACAAAUCAUGCAAAUGGCAAAAGAAGCACAGAAUAUAAAACAUCAAAUCACAAAUUCAGUGAAACAGUCCAGGAAUGUCAAGUCUCGGUUCAGAUCUGUUCAAUCCAGCACUGUGUUCUUUGUUAACAGCAGUCCGUUCCAAUCAAAGUUGCAACAGCUGGAAGCCAGAAACACAUUGUAUCAUGAGCUUAUCAUGUCCAAUAAAACCGCAUCAAUUAAACCUUGCCCAAGACACAACUAUUUACACUGAUCUCCUUUUAUUCCCUCACGUUCAUCUCCCUCCCCACUCUGGGGUUGGAAGGCAAUUACCCCACGCUGCCCGAUGCACUAACUGGACAGAAUCAGAUUCUUUGGGUAGAUCAAUAAAAGCUUACUGCCAUGUCUAGUGACUCCUCUUGGUCACUAGCAUAAGGUUCUUCAAGAAUCAGGAUUGUUUCUUGUAAUUCUGCACUACACCAGCAAGAUGAUUCAGUGCCUUCGUUACAGGUUGGAUGGGGCUAAGACAAAUCCCUGAUGUUUGAUGACUGUUUAAAACAUCCUAAUUCUUUUUUGUAAGCAAUCUUAAUAAAAUAGCCCCAUUUGUUA